UUCCUCUAUGUUGCACAUCACAUAGACAUAUAUAGGUACAGCUUGCUUUCUUGUCCCAACAAGUUUGUAUAAUACAUUGAACACAAAGUCACAAACUGUCUCUUUGUUAAAAAUUCAACAUGACAACCACCCAGAAAUACUACAGCUUCUUUGUGAUCUUUGUGUUGCUGAACUCUAUUUUCAUUGCAACAGAAGCUCGUCCCUUUAAUUUCAUGGAGUCUCGAGGCACUGCUUUUGGGGGCAGUGGGGGUUUCUUUGAUGGGUUAUCUCUUGGAGCAAUGAAGGAAUCAGGUCCGAGCCCUGGCGAAGGACACAAAUUCACAAACAGCGAAACCCUUGGAGGAAUUAAGAUGUCUGUUCCAAGCCCUGGUGUAGGUCAUCGCGCGCGCGUUAAUGGCAUACACCUAGAAUCUAAAAUGGCUAGAGAAACCAAAUCUUUCAUCUCCUUUAUUGUCAUUCUCUUUUUGUUGCUUGGUUUCCAAACAGAAGCCAGACCUUUCAACAUCUUAAAGACCCAUAAUCAUCAUCAUCGUCAUCAUGUGGGUAUUGGGAACAAAGGGUUUUUUGAUGGAUUGUAUCUUGGAGCCAUGAAGCAAUCGGGUCCUAGCCCUGGUCAGGGAAACAAGUUCACUGACGCACAAACACUUGGAGGUGUUAAGGAUGGUCCCAGCCCCGGUCAGGGACACUAGAGCUAUAGAAAAGUGGAUAUUUAUUAGCUAAGUUUCUUUAAGCAAAUUCAUUGUCCGCUUAUUAUUUUAUUUUAGUUAGAUAAAAAGGGCACUGAGUUGUCUAGGAGGUUUACAUAAUUCGGAUCCUCAGAAAUGUUCUUUGUCCAGUCAUACAUUUUUUUCUUCGUUCUAUUUCUUUGCUGAUGUAAUAAGAUAG